AUGAAAAACAAGGAACAAGAUCUCAUUAUGUGCCUAGAUCUCCCCUCGUUGCCCCUCCCUAAGGGCGUCACCAGCCGCUUUAUCUCAACUCCCGAUCUGACCUUUCAUAUUAUCGAAGCCGGCGCCACUCCCGUCCAGGACCACCCCUUAAUUGUCCUACUUCACGGGUUUCCUGAAAUCGCCUAUUCCUGGCGUCGAGUGCUCCCAAAAUUAGCUGAUGCAGGGUUCCAUGCUGUCGCCCCGGAUCAACGCGGCUUUGGCCGUACCACAGGCUGGGAUACUCGGUCCUUCGAGGAAGUCGACCUAGCCAGUUUUUCGUUGACAAAUCUGGUUCGCGAUAUUGUCGUUCUCGUACAUGCGUUGGGUUAUCGAUCAGUACAUUGUGUUGUAGGACAUGACUGCGGCGCAAUCACGGCGUCACUGUGUGCGCUUAUGCGACCAGAUUUCUUUCGCAGUGUGGUGCUGAUGAGCCACCCUUUUAAUGGGAGUCCUACACUCCCGUUUAACACUGCCAAUGAAGGGAGUGUGGAAGAGCAGGCCGAGGUAGCUGCACAGGGAGGAGGAGGUGGUGCGGAGGGAUCGGCUGCUGCCUCAGGGAUUCAUGAGGCAUUGGCACGAAGUGGUCGGAAACAUUACAAAUGGUAUUACUCGACUGCGUCAGCAAAUACUGAUAUGUCGUCGCUGGCUCCAGAAGAGCUACACCGAUUUUUACGUGGCUACUUUCAUCUUAAGAUUGAGGAGGUUGUGCAGAUGCCUUACUACUAUAUCAUGCCCUUGGAUGCUACAAUGCCCGAAGCGGUUGAAAGGCACAUGGUUGACGAGCCAUCGCAGGGAAUGACGUCUCAUUCGUGGCUCCCUGAUGAUGAGCUUGCGGUUUAUGUAGCCGAGUAUGCUCGAACUGGAUACCAAGGAGGACUGAAUUGGUACUGUGUUCGCACGGCUGCUGGGGGUCGCUUUACUAAGGACUACGAUCUAUUUGCUGGGAAGAAGAUUGAGACUCCUUGCUCUUUUAUCUCGGGGGCUAAGGAUUGGGGUACCUACCAGGAACCAGGUGCUUUGGAUAAAAUGACCAGUGGUGCGGUGUGCUCUGAUUUCCGGUCUCUUAAAGUCCUCGAUGGAGUUGGACAUUGGAUUCCCCAGGAAGCUCCAGAUGAGGUUGUACAGACCAUCAUAGAACUGACCGCAGGACUUAAUGUAUAG